GCGCAUGAAAGGGGGAACAGGGGAACUGAAUUCUACGGAACACCGGUAUUCACUCCUGAUUGAUUCUCUGCAGUUGCAGUUUGUUUGAUGAGGAGAGGUACAGUCAGGCUAGCCAGCUAGGGACAUUGUUAUUGAUAGCAUGCCGUGACAUUUUCCAUCGAAGGGGCUUGCAUGAUGGGCGGCGGUCGUCUGAAUUAAGGUGACUGUCCAAUGGCUUUCUAUGCACCAAGGCCAAAAAGAGACUGACUCCUCCGAAGAUUUGAAAAAGCUGUAUUGUGCUUCUUGAGACAGUACUCAUUGACGAGUCAAUCACCAAUGAUGUAAAAAUAAAAUGAAGACAUAGCGAGCUACUCCAGACUUCCUCACUUUAGUAGUGUCCAUUUCAUUUAGGCAUUUUACCACACAGAAGGUGUGCCAAAGGGUACAAAGAGGACCAAAAAGUUGUAAAACAAGCUGACUGGAAGAUGUUUUCAGCUUUGAAGAAGCUGGUGGGCUCUGAGCCUGGACAGCUGAGGGACAAACAUAUUCCUGCUGGACUGCAGUCAAUGAACCAGAGUCUGCAAAGAAGGUUCGCCAAGGGAGUGCAGUACAACAUGAAAAUUGUCAUCCGUGGUGACCGAAACACGGGCAAGAGUGCCCUGUGGCAUCGAUUACAGGGAAAGAAGUUUCUAGAAGAGUACAUUCCCACACAGGAGAUUCAAGCCACCAGCAUCCACUGGAACUACAAAACAACAGAUGACAUUGUCAAGGUGGAAGUCUGGGAUGUGGUGGACAAAGGGAAAGGGAAGAAGCGAGGAGAAAAUCUGAAACUGGAAAAUGAACCCCAGGAGUCUGACACUGAGAUGGCUCUGGAUGCUGAAUUCUUGGAUGUGUACAAGAACUGCAAUGGCGUUAUCAUGAUGUUUGACAUCACAAAACAGUGGACUUUUAACUACAUCAUGAGAGAGCUCCCCAAGGUACCCACCCAUGUGCCAGUGUGUGUGCUAGGAAACCAGAGGGACAUGGGUGAACACCGGGUUAUCCUGCCUGAUGACACACGAGAGUUCAUAUCAAACCUGAACAGACCCCCUGGUUCCUCCUACAUCCAUUACGCAGAGUGUUCUAUGAAGAAUGGCUUUGGCCUCAAGUACCUCCACCGUUUCUUUAACAUCCCCUUUCUACAACUCCAGAGGGAGACUCUUCUUAGACAGCUUGAGACCAACCAGCUGGACAUAGAUGCCACUCUAGAGGAACUCAAUGUUCAGCAGGAGACUGAGGACCAGAACUAUGACAUUUUCAUGGAUAUGAUGGAGGCCAAGGGGAAAGGAUACAACUCUCCCUCCAAUGGCCAGAGUCCCUCUUCAGGCUCCCAGUCACCCAUUGUCCCCCAGAGUGGACCCUCCACUCCUGGGGCAUGCUCAAGCCCCUGCACCCCCCAGCUCCCACUCCCACCCCAGACUGUACCUACCCCAAGCCCAGCCCAAGUACCUACUCCUUAUAACCCUAACCCCUCUCAGCAACCUGCCUCUUCUACUGGCCAAGGUCAGACACAGCAUCCCCUGGCUUCCCCACAGAACAUGGAGGCGGCCCAUCAGUCCACCACGCCCCAGUCGCCCAGUGGUGGCCAGGUGACCGCUCCCCAGAAAAGGGGCUUCAUGUCAAGGCUGUUUGGAUCUGCCAUCCCUGAGACACCACCUAAAACAGAUGGCCUAGGGUCAGAUUGCGGCCAGCCCAGGGGAAAUAUCCAAAAUGUGGAUGACUUUGUUCCAGAGGUGGGCCUGGACCGGAGUUUCCUGGAGGAAGGGGCUUCAGGAGCUAAAGCCAAGGAGAAGGCCCGCAAAGCAGUUAAUAUGGACAGCGACAGUGAUGGGGAGGGCAGAGGAGGGAACCCCAUGGUCUCAGGGUUCCAGGAUGAUUUGGAUCCUGAAGAACUGUGCCAGGCUGUGCCCAAGGCCAUGGCCGCUCCCAGUCUGGGCAUCACCCUAACCAGUGAUGAAGAGGAAGAGGCCACCACAGCACCCAAACCCAACCUGGAUGGAGGCUCAAGUCUGGACAGUGAACUUCACAGUAAAAGAAUCUCUUCCAAUGGAGCAAAGACUCAAAACACGACAGGAGAGUCCAAGAGACCCACAGUCCUAAAGAUGGAGCCUGUGUCUUUUCUAAAUCCUACCCCAGCCCCAGUGCAGUCUAACCGGGUAAACAAGAAGGAAGCAGACAAAGACUCAGAUACCGAUCAAGAGGCCCAUGUGUCCAAGCAGAUGCUCUCUUUUGUCAUGGAUGACCCAGACUUCGAGAGUGAAGAAUUUGAGACAUCUAAGAAAAAGAAGGUAGACCCUACCAUUUUACAAGACGAUCCAUCUGACCUAUCUGAUGACAGCUUUGUACCCAGGACAACACUGGACCUUCUCAAACCCACUGUCCUUUCUUUGAAGAGCCAGCCGCAGAACGAGGUGGACUUGUUUGGCCUAGGCUUCCAGAAAGGGGCGUCCAAGAGCAAGGACAGCAGUGAGGACCAAGACGAUAAAGACAGUAGACACUCAAUAAAAGAUAAGAAGAAAAAGAAGAAGAAAAGUAAAGAGGAUGAUGACAAAAGCAGCAAAAAGCGACACAAACAGAAGAAAAAAGAAAAAGAGGAUUCAGAAAAUGGGGACGAGAAAGAGAAAAAGAAGAAAAAGUCUAAAACCAAGAAAAGCGGGAAUGCUGAUGACCUUGAGUCUUUCCUAGGAGGGGGUGACGGACUAGUUAAAGGUGAGGGUGGAGACUAUGAGGAGCUGUAGAACUGAUCUUUCCAAUCCCGGUACUAGUCAGCAGUGUAACAUCAUGAAUACGUUGGUGUUAUGACCACCUGACUAUUGGCUAAAUAACCAUGGAUCUGCAACUUCAACUGAUUUCAUCUCACUCUUCCAGACUGACAUUGUGGUACCUAUUUUAUCAUUGUGAGUUUAACUUUGCGUUUAUUUAAUAUUCUGUUACACUUUAAACACAAUGCUACGUUGAUGCAACAAACACUCAAGUUUGACAUAGCUGUAGCUCAUAUUGGGAUGCCUUCUGGUCAAACUUAAAGGACAAAACAACUUGUUUUUAGAUUGAAGUGAUCAUUCCUGGGUAACAUACAGUAUUCUUAAAAUGUUCUAGUUACUUUCCAUUUCUGUCGACUUUUCUCAUUAGGUACAGCAGAUUGCUGAACUAAUAGAUCCGGAUAAAGCUUUUAGAAUUGACCUCAGUAAAGAGUCCUGAACAACUUAUCCAUGGGUGCUGACAGAUUAUAUGAACGAGGGGUUUUUAAGGAAUUUUGAAGACUGUGCAAUUUGUUUAAUUUAUUAUGCAAAUAUAAUUCAGCUGUAAAACUAUUAUUUAUUGUAUCUAAUAUUUUCCCCUUGUGUUUCUUUUUGUUUCUUUUGGUUGGUCAUCAAUGCCUUAAGGAAAGCUAUCAGUCUUGUAAAGAUGCUUCCAAAAAGCUUGUGAUCAAGAUGCCUUUUGUUGAAGACGAUAUUGGUUUGGAUAAAGACAUUUUAGGGUGACAUGCUACUUUUUUUCUUUCAAAGCUGCUGUACACAUAAUAUAUUUUCUUUUUCUAAAAUGGUCAUCCUUGUGCAAUCUAAUUGAAUCUACUGAAUCAUAUUCUUACACAAACCAAAACCAAACAGCAUGAUCAAUGUCUUGUACGUAUUGUUAUUGUGUGGUUACAUCCAUUGAAUAUAUUACAUGGAUACCUAUAUUCUAGUACUUGACAAGCACCAAAGGAUGGUUUUGGUUGGGUGUCAAUGGAAUUGAGCCUCACCAAGUCCUUUGUAUCCGAUAUGGCCACAGCAAAGGACAUGUGAGACGCACAAACAGGCUGCACCCACACUGGUUUAUGCAGCUGAAGUUGGAAAACCUUCACAGCAGUGUUGCUACUUAGGAUUCACCAUCUAGAACAUUUCAAUGUUCAAGUUGGUGUUUUAUGUAUAUUGUUUAAAACGGUUAUCAAACUGUUUAUGUAAGUACAUUAUUUGGGUGUGUAAAUCAUACCUAUAAACUGUUCCAUACUUUACACUCCUAAAGAUGUUUACAUCAAUAAAUGGUCUUGAAAGGCUUCACAGUCCCCUUAGAAUAGACUAUGUACAUCAAGAAAAUGGCCACGAAUUCAUUUGAAACUCUUACCAUCUUUGCAUUCAUUUAUAGUGAACAUUGCAUAUUUAUAAAAGAAAAAAAGUAAUUUCACAAUAUAUUUUGGACAUCAAAAAGGCAUGUGUGUUAAAAUAUGCACAAAUGUUUAUUAAUUAUUACUGUGUAUUUCCUAAUGUAUCUCCAUAACCCCCUUGGUUGUUUCAUUCUGGACUGUCUUGAAAAUAUUAAAUACUAUAAACUG